AUGAAGAAAGAGCAGCAUAAAAUCACUGAAUGCACUUAACCUAAAAGUGCAUUAAAAAAACAAAUUAAAAAAGGAAAUUAGAGUAUUUAAGUUCAAAAUAACUUAAGUUUAAAGGUUCGAUAGGAAAGGAUAAGAAAUUAAAUAAGGUUCAAAAUAUGAGAUCACUAUCAAUGAUAAAGCAGAAUUAUUCACAUUGAAUAGUGAAUAAACUCAAAUCGUUAAUCUAGAUUUAUCCAAUUCUUCUAAAUAAGAGAAUACUGAAUGUUAUACUAAACCUGGCUUAAGGACUUUGAAAAGUUUGGAACUCAAUUCAAAGGAGGAGGCGUUUUUGAAAAUGUUGAGUUAUAAUUUCGAAAAAAAUAAGAGGAAGGGAAAAAGAAAAGAAUGUUGCGUUAUUUAGUGA